AUGGAUAACAGUCGUUGUACAACACUGAUGCGUUAUAUCAAUAUGAUUGGGCAGAUUGUUCGGAACUACUUCUCUGCAACCGGUGGAAUGGUAACAUUUUUUGCGCCCUACAAUGAAGCAUUCGAGCGAAUCCCGGAAUACAUUGAGAGAAGGAUUUUAAGGGAUCGAAUUUGGCUUGAACAAAUCCUCAAAUAUCAUAUUGUGCCAGCAAAAGAGCUAACGAGUAGCGAAAUUACUAAUGAAACAAUAGUGAACACUGUGGACACCAUUCAUCAGUUGUAUUUUAUACGAGGAGAAUGGCCGAAAAAUAAUAUCACUUAUUACGUUAUCGGUGGUGGCGUUCGGGCAACAAUUCUUGUGGAUAAUGUGGCCGCCGUAAAUGGUAUCGUACAUUACAUCGACCGUGUACUUGGUGUGCCAUAUAAAACACUAUAUGAGCAUAUGCGGAAUGAUUCUAGGCUACAGACAUCCUAUUUAAUGCUCCAGAAUUUACAAAUUCGAUAUUCUCUGGAUCCGUGGCAAGUUUUAACGCCGCAGCAAAAUUUUACGUUUUUUGUGCCAACGAACGAAGCAUGGGAUAAGUUAUCCUAUCAGUAG